AAUCCUGUUGAGCCUAGAUACAUACAUACAUACAUACACAUGCCAGAAUUGAACUCUUAAACAUUGAAAAUCAGCCCAAAAAGAAAAGAAAAGUGUAGGAAACGACGUGGUAUGAACCAUGGAAGCUCUGACCAAUGACCAUUCGCUUGCCAGCAGUAGCAUAACAAGCAUAAGCAAGUCACAGCUGAGCUCAGCAUUAACAACAUCACACAAAACCCUACUAGCACUAGUCAUGCUCUCUCUACCCUUGUUCACUUUCCCUCCAAUCACUCUCUCUCAUCACCCCUCCAAACCUCUCUCUCCCACACUACUCCUCCGCCGCCGCCACCACCAACUCUGCUUCAGACCCAGUCCAGACCUGUCCUCCGCCUGCGCCACCGCACAGAGUGUUAUAGUCGAGGAAGAAGAAGACGUCGGUGCCGGAGAGGAAGAGACUCUGCCGGCGGGACUCCGGAGGGAUCUGAUGCCGGACCACGUGGCAGUGAUUAUGGAUGGGAACAGGAGGUGGGCCCGGAUGAGAGGGCUUCCGUCCGGGUCGGGUUACGAAGCGGGUGUGAGGGCCUUGAGAGUGCUUGUCAAGCUCUGUUGCAGAUGGGGUAUUAGGGUUCUUACCGUCUUCGCUUUCUCUUCUGAUAACUGGUUUCGCCCCAAGGUGGAAGUUGAUUUCUUGAUGAAUUUACUUGAAAGAGGAAUGAAUGAUGAACUAGACAAUUUUUUGAGGGAAAAUAUUCGAAUUUCGAGUAUUGGGGAUUCUUCCAAGCUCCCAGAUCCCAUACAGGGACUAAUAACCGAUGCUGAGGAGAGGACAAAGCAUAAUUCAGGACUCCAAUUGAUCGUAGCAGUUAGCUAUAGUGGGAAAUAUGACAUUGUGCAAGCAUGCCAAAGCAUUUCUCUGAAAGUAAAAGACAGUCUUAUUGAACCCGAAGACAUCAAUGAGUUCUUAAUAGAGCAAGAACUGCAAACAAAAUGUACAGAAAUCCCAGAUCCUGAUCUACUUAUACGGACAAGCGGUGAGCUUAGAGUAAGUAACUUCUUUCUGUGGCAGUUGGCUUAUACUGAACUAUACUUCACCCAAUCACAUUGGCCUGAUUUUGGAGAAAUUGAGUUUGUUGAGGCUUUACAAUCCUUUCAGCAAAGACACAGACGAUAUGGUAAGAGAGAUUCUUAGAUAACAAAUUUACAAUACCAUACUAAGAUUGUUCUAAAUGGAGAAGACAAAGAUUGACCAAGAUUGUGGAUGCAUCUGGAAUCAAAUUGAAGCAAGCAUAAGCUUGACUGGUCACCGGAGUUGACUGGUUUGAUACAUAACAGUACGGUGUUCAAAUGGGAUGUCGUUGCUAACCGAGACAGAUCUAGGAUUCGAGUUUUGGGGACAAAAACACAUGCAAUUUUUCAUCGAAAAAAAAUUAUCAUAAAAUAUUAAAUUUUGAUUUAUACUAGCACAAAACAUGAAUGAUAGUACUAUUAUUAAUCGGACAUUCUUUGUCUA